AUGUUAGCAACAAGAGAGGAUGUUGCUGAGUAUAGUAGUGAUGAAGAUCAGCUUCAAGUAAAACCAAAUCAUCACAAACAUGAGGCUAAACAUAAGAAAUCAACUCCAAUUGUUAUUGAAUCUAAUAGGGACAAGUUGACUAGCACCACUCUUACACCAUCCUCAUCAACAACAAGUACGGAAAAAUUGUCACAAUCAUCAAUUGUAAAUAAUAGAGAAGAAAAGAUUCAGGAAUAUAAACAUAUUAAACCUUUAUCUGUUGAUGAUAUUUCUAAAGGAGGAGGAAGAAUUUCAUAUCCAAGCUUAUCCGAUAUUUUGAGUGCAAGUAAUAAUGAUUCAUGGAUGUCAAUGGUUUUACCUUCUGCACCUCCAUUAAUUGAAGAUGAACAGGACCAAGUGAUAUCAUAUCCCCAUUUAUCUGAUUUAUCUAAUCAAACACUUGAAUAUAUUUUACCACCAAUUGUAAAAAAGGAAGAAGAAAAGGAAAAAGCUGAACCAAUUUUACCUCCUUUAGUAAUACACAAAAUUCAAGAAGGUGAAACAUUGAUUUCAAUUUCUAUCAAAUAUGGAGUUACAGAAGAGGCAAUUAAAUUGAAAAAUAGAAUGAUGGAUAGUGAUUUAACAUUGUACAAUAAGAUUGAACUACUCAUUCCAGAACCAACUCAACUUCCACCAGAAGAUUCUUUCAAAAAGAAAGAGUUAACUGAAGAAGAAAAACGAAAGAUGAAGAGAGAAAGAAAGCAUGGACUUUAA